AUGAAGAAGGGAAUCUUUCUACAUCAAACCAAGUACAACAAAGAACUUCUAAGGAGGUUUGAUAUGGAGAACUGUAAAAUCUCAAACAUCCCUAAGUCCACUAACUGUUAUCUAGACAAUGAUGUUGCAGGAAAGGAAGUAGAAGAAUCAAGAUAUAGAGGAAUCAUUGGAUCUUUCUUAUAUCUCACAGCAAGUAGACCAGACAUAAUGUUUAGUGUGUGUAUGUGUGCUAGAUUUCAAUCUGCUCCAAAGGAAUCACACUUGAAAGUUGUGAAGAAGAUUAUGAAGUAUCUCAAAGGAACCCUCAAUGUAGGAUUGUGGUAUCCUAAAGGUACAUCUCCUUCCUUAAUUGGAUUUUCUGACUCUGAUUUUACAGGUUGCAAGUUAUACAGAAAAAGAACUAGUGGUACAUGUCAUAUAUUUGGAGAAUUUCUUGUAUCUUGGCAUUACAAGAAACAAGCUUGUGUAGCACUCUCUAUAGCUGAUGCUGAAUAUAUAGCAGCUGGUAGCUGUUGUGCUCAAGCUAUAUGGAUCAAGCAUUAA